UUCCAACCUAACUUUUUGAUUUAUAAUUUUAUUUGGUAAUUCCCCUAUUUAUAUUUCGUUCGAGUGCUUGUGUCUAUGUUCUAAUCGAAAUCAAAGUAUAAAAUUCUUUAUAGAAACAAUUUUUUUGAUGGUAUUAUUCAAGAUGAUUCACACAAAGUGUCGAUCCGUUCUUUAUCCGUUGAGCGAAAUACAAAGAUUUGCAUUAAAAGAUGAGGAAGUGUCAUGGAUCUACAAGUUGGACAGUUACAACCCACCUGAAUACAAUGCCAAAGUCAUUCUGAACCAAUCUUGGGCCGAUCCACCAUCUGAAGUGCCAACUUUCAAACCCAAAUGGAAUGAGGUUGAUGGCAAAGUGAAUCGUAUCAGUUUUAAUGGGCCUUAUGAAGUAGUUGACAACAGACCUUUAAACCCAAUGGGCAGAACUGGGUUAAAGGGGCGCGGACGACUUGGCAGAUGGGGCCCUAAUCAUGCUGCUGAUCCUAUUGUGACCAGGUGGAAGCGUGACCACAACAUUAAAAUUAUAAAUGAGAACACUAAAUUACCUGUACUGGAAUUUUGUGCAAUUCAGAGGAGAGACAAUGGACAAUGGGCUCUUCCUGGAGGUAUGGUAGAUCCUGGAGAACAAAUUAGUGAAACUUUAAAAAGGGAGUUCUUGGAAGAAGCUUUAAAUUCACUUGAAGUCACUGAAGAACAAAGAAAAAAAGAUGUUGGCUUAAUUGAAAAACUGUUUCAAAAUGGACAUGAGGUGUAUAAAGGGUAUGUGGAUGACCCAAGAAAUACAGAUAAUGCAUGGAUGGAAACAGUUGCUGUCAAUUUUCAUGAUGAAACUGGUGAAACUCUUGGAAAGAUCGCUUUAAAAGCUGGAGAUGAUGCUAAAAGUGUAACAUGGAUGGAUAUUGACAAAAAUAUUGAUUUGUAUGCCAGUCAUGCUAAUUUUAUUAAAAGUGUUGCUGAAUUACAUAAAGCACAUUGGUAAACAAUAUCUAGUUUAUGUUCCUAAUAAGAGAUUUAGUCAUAUUAAAGAAGUUCAUGUCUAAGUAACAGAAUAGUAAACUAUAUAGUUUCAGUUGUAAUUUUUAUAAAUAAAAUAUUUU